GUGCUACGGCUAUGAGGCUGUCAACUUGAAGCAACAACGAUUGAGCUUGUAACCGCAAUUUCAACUUCAAUCAUUCCAAGGCUGAUUUAUUCAUCCACUUUCUAUUUCUAUCAUCACUACCACACUUGGCCCAUCAUUAAACAUUCUGUUGGCCUGCGCAGGGUCCCUCUAUUUUAGAAGUAGCAUUUGACAAUCGCUUUGCGAUUGAUAGCUUGUCAACAUGGGCCAAAACCAAUCUGGAAUGGGUGGUGCCGGUCAAGAUGGCAAGGAGGAUAAAGACAAGAAGAAGGAAAAUCCCAAGUACGAACCACCUCCCCGCCCUACCACUCGUAUUGGGCGUAAGAAGAGAAAGGCUGCUGGUACCUCUGCCGCCGCCAAGCUUCCCGCCGUCUACCCGACAAGUCGAUGCAAGCUUCGCCUGCUCCGAAUGCAACGCAUCCAUGAUCAUUUGCUACUCGAAGAGGAAUUUGUCGAGAACCAGGAGCGCCUUCGAAAGGCCAAGGCCGCAAAGGACAACACCGGCCCCGCCCCCGACCUCGAUGCUAUUGACCGAAUGGCCGAUGAGCGUGGUCGUGUCGACGACAUGCGUGGUAGCCCUAUGGGCGUCGGUACCCUCGAAGAAAUGAUCGAUGACGACCAUGCUAUCGUGUCUAGUACAACAGGUCCCGAGUAUUACGUGAGUAUCAUGAGCUUCGUGGACAAGGACUUGCUCGAGCCUGGCGCCUCCGUCUUACUACACCACAAGAGUGUAUCCAUUGUCGGAGUACUUACCGAUGAUACCGACCCGGCCGUCAAUGUCAUGAAGCUAGACAAGGCCCCGACCGAGUCGUACGCUGAUAUUGGUGGCUUGGAACAACAAAUUCAGGAAGUGAGGGAGUCCGUCGAGUUGCCUCUCCUACACCCUGAGCUGUACGAGGAGAUGGGCAUCAAACCACCCAAAGGUGUCAUUCUCUACGGUGCCCCAGGUACCGGCAAGACCUUGCUGGCUAAAGCUGUCGCAAACCAAACCUCGGCUACUUUUCUACGUAUUGUCGGAAGUGAGCUCAUUCAAAAAUACCUGGGUGACGGUCCACGUCUCGUCCGACAACUAUUCCAAGUCGCUGCCGAGAAUGCCCCAUCCAUCGUCUUUAUCGAUGAAAUCGACGCCAUCGGUACGAAACGUUACGAUUCGACGUCGGGUGGCGAGCGUGAAGUACAACGAACCAUGUUAGAGCUACUCAACCAACUCGACGGUUUUGAUGAUCGUGGCGAUGUCAAGGUUAUCAUGGCAACCAACAAGAUUGAAACUCUUGAUCCUGCUCUAAUCCGACCCGGCCGAAUCGAUCGCAAGAUCCUCUUCGAGAACCCGGACCAGAACACCAAGCGCAAGAUUUUUAAUCUCCACACGAGCAAGAUGAGCCUCAAUGAGGAUGUUGACCUCGACGAGUUUAUUAGCCAGAAAGAUGACUUAUCCGGUGCCGACAUCAAGGCUAUAUGCUCCGAAGCUGGGUUGAUGGCUCUACGGGAGCGCCGCAUGCGCGUGCAGAUGGCCGACUUCAGGGCAGCAAGAGAAAGAGUACUUCGUACCAAGCAAGAGGGCGAGCCCGAAGGUCUGUACUUGUAAUCUUAGAUAGUUGGAGGGUAUGAGGUUGGUUGUGGCCAACGCGUGUCGCCAUAGCCGAAAUAGACAAUAAUGUGAGAUGCUGCAAUCAUCAUAUACCCCUA